CUUUGCUUUUAGUAUCCUGUGAAAGCUUAAUCAGACCUUUCCCGUGUCCUGAAAGACAUAGGAGAGCUCUGAGGUUCACAGUUUUACUCCUGAACAGGUCCCAAAACACACGCCACCAUGUCGAGCAAAAAAACCAAAGCAAAGACCACCAAGAAGCGCCCUCAGAGAGCGACCUCCAAUGUCUUCGCCAUGUUUGAUCAGUCCCAGAUUCAGGAGUUUAAGGAGGCGUUUAAUAUGAUUGACCAAAAUCGGGAUGGCUUCAUCGACAAAGAAGAUCUGCAUGAUAUGUUGGCAUCCAUGGGUAAAAAUCCCUCGGAUGAAUACUUAGAAGCGAUGAUGAGCGAAGCGCCUGGCCCUAUUAAUUUCACCAUGUUCCUGACCAUGUUUGGAGAGAAACUGAAUGGUACAGAUCCAGAAGAUGUCAUCAGGAAUGCAUUUGCCUGCUUCGAUGAAGAGGGCACAGGUGUCAUCAAUGAAGACCACUUGAGGGAACUCCUUACUACUAUGGGAGACCGCUUCACAGAUGAUGAGGUGGAUGAAAUGUACAGAGAAGCUCCCAUUGACAAGAAAGGCAACUUUAAUUAUGUAGAAUUCACCCGCAUCUUAAAACACGGAGCCAAGGAUAAAGACGACUAGAAUGUGGAUGGCAAAAGCAUGGCAAAGUCCAACAGCUGCAAAAUGUGGAAGCAAUUGUUCUGCCUACAGUAGGACAAUUUUCUUCUCACAUUUUCCAGCUGAUGGUGGAGGGUCUUUUUUCUAGGAAACCCAGGGCAGUGGCCAUAAUUAAGAAAAGCAUUGAAGAAAUGCUUAUGGUACGUGAAGAAAAAAUAAUGACCAAUCGAAGGGUCUGCUUUUAGGGUACAGUUUUAAUGUCUGCCAAUCAAUUUAAACAGGCCUUAAAGGCAAAAUUAAGUAGAUGUCAAUCACUACAGUCUUAGCGCAGACGUGAUGGCUGGAUCCCGUAUGGUACACAAAACCCCUUGUGUUAGAAGGGCAUUGCUAAAUAUUAGCCACCCAACGCCUUGUCAUGCAAUGCAUUGAUGUCACUUAUAGCCUACUCAAAAGGCAUGUCAUUUUUUCUUUUUAGAGAAUAUUGGAGCCAACCAUGUAAGUCUAGCCCUUGUAACAAGUCAUUCUGUCCGUAAACAUGGUAGCGGUAUCUAGGACUAUGAGACCACUCACCGCCUAUGUCACCUCAGCCGUUCAGAUGUGAAAAUGUCUAAUUUUAAUAUAUACAAAAAAUAAACUAUAUACAUUAUGAAGGA